GCUGUUAAGAACACUUUUUGUAUAACGAAAAUUUUUUCAUAAUUUUUUUUCUUUAUAAAAGAAUAGUGUUCAGCACGUCGUCUCUAAUUCUACCUUUUUUUAUUUAGAAGAAACGAAUUAAAAGUUGUAUCGAAACUAUUAAAAUUUACCGCGGUUUUUUUUUGUGUAUUGUUAAAUUAUCGCGAUUCGUGUCUUCAGUCGAUUAACGUAUUAACGACAGCGCGUUGUUUAGCAUAAUCGCCGCCAUAUAGCAGUUCGUCAAAGUGCGUCAGAAAAGUGCUUGAAAAGAAAUAUUUCAUUUGAUUAAAGUUAAUUUUGCUACACUCCACGAAAAAGUGAGAGAGAGAAAAAAAAAUCAAAUUGGAGACACACGAAAUAAGUAAAUAAAUAGCACUCAAUUGAAAGAAUUAAAUAUGCAAAUCGAAUCAAGUGUGAGAGAUACAAAAUAAAAAAAAAAGUUUAGCUGUGAUCUGAAAAAGAACAAAAAAAAAUAAAAUAAAUUGUAACAGAGAUUUGAGAGAGACAAUUAGUGAUAAAAUAGCAUUUAAAGAGUUGUCAAGUGGUUUUUUUUUCGAGUGUGUGCAUUAUGGAAAAUGCUCGUGGAUAAUCGGCAUCAGAUAAACGAUAAAACCAGAGACAACAACGCAGCAAUAAAAACCUCCGUGUCUCCGUGCAAGUGAGAAUGUUCGAGGUAGCAACACUGAGUGGCAACAGAAUUGAAUCAGCCUGCGCUCUAAAAGCAAAAACAAAGACAAUUAUGGGACAAAUAAUUGGCUCAAGUGCUGCAACUGGAAAACCCGAAAAUAACAAAACAAAAUUAUACAAGCGACAGCUUUCCGUCGGUCCGAUGCAACGUAAGGCGUCGUCGCGCCAUCAUGCGGCGGAAUCUGCGCGCGAAAGUAUUUUGCGCGCCAAAAACGAGACAAACAAAGCGCUCAAUAAUGGGCAGAUCAAACCGUUGCCCGAUCGUCCCGUGACAAUAAACGCAUUUAAUCUCGUCGCCAACAACAGCAGUAGUGAUAAGGAAAGUCUCAUUAACGGUGAUAGUAAGAAUGUAAGCAAGAACAAAAUUAGCAGUAAGGAGUUUUACAAAUCGGGCGAAGGUUACCACAAAACUGACGUUUGUUACUACAAAACGCUCGACGGCGGUUAUCACAAGUUACCCCACGAUUCGUAUCACAAAAUGACCGUUAACUGCUACGUCAAGAUCCAAGAUGGCAGUUUUCGGAAAUUUGACGAGAUCAAUAACUCGAUAGCGGGCAGUUCAGACGAUACGGUGCAAUUACGCGUCAAAAGUCAUGUAAAAAGAUUUUUGAAUCGCUCCAAAUCUCAUACGCCCGCGACGAUAAAGGAGAUGCAACGUGCCCAGAAAGAUGGCGCUGCAGCUCACGAAGCUUCGUUAAUUGAAAAUAACGCAAGUUUCGCCGGCACAACGACAUCAAAUCAUCAAACGACGCAGCAGCAGCAGCAACAACAACCGCAAAAUCGACGCGUCAUGGUGACCAUGAUCGAAGGAGGAAUGCCCGUUGUCGCAACAAGCAAAGCAAAUAGUGCCAAUAAAUCCGUAAAAUCCAACAAAAAUCGCAGUAGUACAAAUAAUAAGAGUUCUCCGAACAUGCCAAUGCGCGGCAGCGGGCAACGAUGGCGACCCACAGAGGAGCACAUUGGGAAGUACAAGCUGCUGAAAACCAUCGGAAAAGGUAACUUUGCGAAGGUAAAGUUGGCGAAACACGUUCCAACGGGGAAGGAAGUCGCCAUUAAGAUUAUCGAUAAAACACAAUUGAAUUCAUCGUCGCUGCAAAAGUUGUUCCGUGAGGUGCGAAUCAUGAAGAUGCUCGACCAUCCGAAUAUCGUGAAACUCUUUCAAGUAAUUGAAACAGACAAGACACUGUAUUUAGUGAUGGAAUAUGCGUCGGGCGGCGAAGUAUUUGACUAUCUCGUGUUGCAUGGGCGUAUGAAAGAGAAAGAGGCUCGUGCUAAAUUUAGACAAAUUGUGUCAGCUGUUCAAUACUGCCAUCAAAAGAAGAUUAUUCAUAGGGAUUUGAAAGCGGAAAAUUUAUUGUUAGACAGUGAGAUGAACAUCAAGAUUGCUGACUUUGGUUUCUCAAAUGAAUUCACGCCCGGCUCAAAAUUAGACACGUUUUGCGGAAGUCCUCCGUAUGCCGCACCGGAAUUGUUUCAGGGUAAAAAAUACGAUGGGCCCGAAGUUGAUGUUUGGUCGCUCGGGGUAAUUCUUUAUACGCUUGUCAGUGGCUCGCUGCCCUUCGACGGAUCCACAUUACGAGAAUUGAGAGAACGUGUACUCAGAGGAAAGUACAGAAUUCCUUUCUACAUGUCAACAGACUGUGAAAAUUUAUUACGUAAAUUUCUUGUUCUAAAUCCGGCAAAGCGUGCCAGCUUAGAAACCAUAAUGAAGGAUAAAUGGAUGAAUAUGGGUUAUGAAGACGACGAAUUGAAGCCGUAUAUCGAACCAAUGGCAGAUCUUAAAGAUCAGAAGCGGAUAGGUAAGACGGAAGCGUUAGUUGCCAUGGGCUACAAUCGCACCGAUAUUGAAGACUCGUUAGCUCAAUCCAGAUACGAUGACGUCUUUGCUACAUACUUACUCCUCGGAAGGAAGAACACAGAUCCCGAAUCUGAUGGUUCACGAUCCGGAUCCUCGUUAUCGUUGCGCAACAUCGCUGGAAAUGACCAAAAUGCCGUUCCUAAUUCGGCUGUGCAAAGUCCCACGCAUCGCGGCGUACAUCGAAGCAUUUCCGCCUCGAGUACAAAACCGAGUCGACGAGCUUCGAGCGGCGGCGAAACGCUACGUGUUGGACCAGCGCCAGCUGCCGUCGCGAACAAUGCGAACAAUAAUCAUGGCACUGGAACAAAUAGCGGAACGUCGGAGAGAUCAACAAUAAGUAGUAAUUUCAAACGUCAAAAUACGAUUGACUCAGCUACAAUUAAGGAAAAUACAGCAAGAUUGGCGGUGCAAAAUCAACGCCCAACAUCAGCUCAACCAAAACCUGUUGCUUCAAAUGACAGUACAAUAGCAUCAAGUCCCGCCAAGCCACGCAGUGCAUCAAAAUACGAGCCGAUGAAUGGCGCCCGAACUGUUGGACCUAGCAGCGGAUUAAAUGUUCCGCGACGAUCAACCACGUUAUACGAAAAGAACGCCUCCAAUGAGAAGACGAACGUAGCAACUGACACACCCUUGGUGAAUCGCAACAGUCUAACACCAGCCGUUAAUUCUUCCAGACAACCCGUGGCGUUCCCCAGAAAUGUACCAUCACGUUCAACCUUUCAUUCAGGUCAAACACGAACCCGGAACAAUACAUCAUCAUUCUCACGUACUGGCGGUGUCGGAGAAUCACCUCAUUCGGGCAAGACUUUCUUGCAAAGGCUGACUACGCGAUUUAGUAAACGGCCCACCAAUGGCCAACCAAAUAUUACUACCACUACCGUAAACAAUGCUAGUGGUCCAAAUCCGGAGGAUCCUGUCAAGCCGAGAGUGUUGCGUUUCACGUGGUCCAUGAAAACUACGUCGCCACGAUUGCCCGAUGAAAUAAUGGCGGAAAUUAGAUCUGUGUUGGACAAGAAUAAUUGCGAUUAUGAGCAACGUGAAAGAUUUGUCCUGCUUUGUGUGCAUGGCGAUCCAAACACCGACUCGUUAGUGCAAUGGGAAAUCGAAGUAUGCAAAUUGCCUCGAUUGUCGUUGAAUGGCGUUCGAUUCAAGCGUAUUUCAGGCACAAGUAUCGGCUUCAAGAACAUUGCUUCGAAGAUUGCGUAUGAGUUACGUCUGUGACUCGACGCUUCGCAGCAACACCAUCAUCAGCAGGCGAGUGGUACGUUAGAUACAAAAUCCCUAAAACUCUCAUCCGAAGCAAAGAACACAAAACACAAGCGCAAAUUAUCGGCAGACAACAGCAGUGAUCC